GCUUUUAAACGUCGCUCUCUUGAUAUUUCCGUCUGAUAAUUAGCAGUUCAUUUUCACUCCUCUGUAGUUACCGCAAUUCAUCUCUGUACAGUUCUAAUAUGUUGAUUCAGAGGAGAGUUAUGAGCUGGAGGAGAGUCUUUAAAUCUCUUCAAGCACUUACAGCUCAUGCUUUGCUCUUCUGCUUCACGCUUCUGCUUGUUCUCAAGCUUGACCACAUACUUCCUUACUCUUGGUGGAUUACAUUUUCUCCUUUAUGGCUAUUUCACAUAAUUGUAGCACGAGGCAGGUUUUCCUUACCAGCUCCAUCAAUGCCUCAUGAUCGACAUUGGGCCCCAUAUCAUGCUGUCAUGGCAACGCCAUUGCUUGUUGCUUUCGAGUUACUUCUUUGUAUACAUCUGGAGAGCAGUUAUGUUGUAAACUUGAAGAUUGUGUUUGUGCCUUUGCUGGCAUUUGAAACAGCUAUUUUGGUUGAUAAUAUCAGGAUGUGUAGGGCUUUAAUGCCUGGAGAUGAAGAAAGCUUGAGUGAUGAAGCGAUAUGGGAAACUCUUCCUCACUUCUGGGUUGCAAUAUCUAUGAUCUUCUUCCUUGCUGCAACAAUAUUCACUCUUCUGAAGUUAUGUGGUGAUGUUGCUGCCCUAGGUUGGUGGGAUUUGUUUAUAAAUUUUGGUAUUGCAGAGUGCUUUGCUUUUCUUGUUUGCACAAGGUGGUACAAUCCGGCAAUUCACAGGCACUCUUCCAUUGGAGAAUCCAGUUUGUCUUCAUUGUCUAUAACAUAUUUUGACCAUAAUAGAGGCUUAGUAGUUUCUGCUGAUGAUGACCGGCAUCAGAGCAGUAGAAUAUGCAAGCUACAAGACAUUGGUGGACAUAUUAUGAAAAUCCCAUUCAUCUGUUUCCAGAUUCUACUUUUUAUGCAUUUAGAGGCAACACCAUCUGGUGCUAGACAUAUCUCAUUCCGGGUUAUUUUUGCUCCUCUUUUUUUGAUACAAGGAGCUGGGGUUUUGUAUGCUGCAUAUAGAGUGAUUGAGAAGAUUGCUCUUUUAUUACGUGGCAGAGAUGCUUUUGGAAGAUGCUUGACUGUUGUGUCAAAAGCUCGCGAUUGCUUGGAGUUCUUGCAUCAUGGCUCAAGGUUGCUGGGUUGGUGGUCAAUUGAUGAAGGAAGCCGAGAAGAACAGGCUCGACUCUAUUGUGCCGAGGCUUCUGGAUACAACACUUUCUCACCCGAUGUUGUGAAAAAAAUGCCCAAAAAGGAACUUGUUGAAGAGAUUUGGAGAUUACAGGGUGCUCUCAGUGAACAAACUGAAAUCACGAAGUUUAGUCAGCAAGAGUACGAAAGACUUCAAAAUGAGAAGAUCCUAUGUAGAGUUUGUUUUGAAGAACAGAUUAGCAUAGUCCUGCUUCCAUGCAGGCAUCACAUCCUAUGCAGCACGUGCAGUGAGAAAUGUAAGAAGUGCCCCAUCUGCCGUGUCUUUAUUGAAGAAAGACUGUCUAUAUACGAUGUUUAGCUUCAACUUAUGUGCGGAAACUUCAGAAUUAACGGCAUUUUCAACCAUUACCCCAAACAAAAAAAAAAAAAAAAAAAAAAAAAAAG